GCUCGGGCUCCCGCGCAUGUGCCGCCCCCCCCCCCGCCGUCGCGGCUUGCUGCUCCUCCCUCGAUCGCCGCCCAAGAGAGCGGAGCCGGAGCCAUGAAGGAUCGGACGCAGGAGCUGCGCACGGCUAAGGACAGCGACGAUGACGAUGACGUCACUGUCGGAGUGGAUCGGGACCGCUUCAUGGACGAGUUUUUUGAGCAGGUGGAAGAGAUCCGAGGGUUCAUCGACAAGAUCGCGGAGAAUGUGGAAGAGGUGAAGCGGAAGCACAGUGCCAUCCUUGCGGCCCCGAACCCCGACGAGAAAACCAAGGAGGAGCUGGAGGAGCUCAUGUCUGACAUCAAGAAGACAGCCAACAAAGUGCGCUCCAAGCUAAAGAGUAUUGAGCAGAGCAUUGAGCAGGAGGAAGGGCUCAACAGAUCGUCAGCAGAUUUGAGAAUAAGAAAGACACAGCAUUCCACCUUGUCCCGGAAGUUUGUGGAGGUGAUGUCAGAGUACAACGCCACCCAGUCGGACUACCGGGAGCGCUGCAAGGGCAGGAUCCAAAGGCAGCUAGAAAUAACUGGCAGAACCACCACCAGUGAAGAGCUGGAGGAUAUGUUGGAGAGUGGGAACCCUGCCAUUUUCUCUUCCGGGAUCAUCAUGGACUCCAACAUCACGAAGCAGGCGCUGAACGAGAUCGAGACUCGGCACAGCGAGAUCAUCAAGCUCGAGAACAGCAUCCGGGAGUUGCACGAUAUGUUCAUGGACAUGGCGAUGCUAGUGGAGAGCCAGGGCGAGAUGAUUGACCGCAUUGAAUACAACGUGGAGCACUCGGUGGACUACGUGGAGAGGGCCGUCUCGGACACCAAGAAAGCAGUCAAGUACCAGAGCAAAGCCAGACGGAAGAAGAUCAUGAUCAUCAUUUGCUGCGUGGUGCUGGGCAUUGUCAUCGCCUCAACGGUUGGCGGGAUUUUCGGCUAGAAGCCCAGGACUCUUUUUUUGGAGGGGGGCGCAGAGGUGGAGAGUGCCUGGGCCCAGCCAGCCAGCCGCAACCCCCAGACCCUGCAGCAGAAGCAGAAGCAGCCACCCCCCCGGGGUGAACUGGCCCACCAGCACUGCUCCCAUCUCUUAUGCAUGAUUGUUUGUGUUAAUGCUGCGUGUCCAGUGCAGUGGGGUGGGGGGUGGGAGGAAGGCCACAGGCACAUGCAAUUUCCCCACCUGAUCUCCUCAGAGGGACACCCCCUCCCUUCGCUUCCACUGGCCAACGACUCACCUCCUCUGUGUUCUCUUUCCAUCCCAGUGAGGUCCCUCUCUUUCUUCUCUUUCCUCUCUGCCUUCAAAGGUGAGUUUGCCAACAAAGGUGUGCAAAAUUGGACCCUGCUCUCUCCCAGGGGAAGGGCCAAUAUUUUCUCUGCCUGUCUAUUUAUUUAAAACAGGAUGCCACCUUUUCACUCAAGGCAGCCGCGGGGUGGUGCGCAACUCUAGAUUUAAAUCAAAUCCAAUGGUUUUUUUGUGUGUUUUUUAUAAAGGACACUUUUAGAAGCAGGCAGCAGCCACCUGUCAAUAGAAGCAGGCUGUCGAUGCUACGUCCCCAUUAUUUUUAGAUGUUCUCUCAAGGUUUUCAGGCCUAUGCUGAAUAGCGUCCUGGUUUUUUGGGGGAUGGAGAGGGUUGCAGUUUGCAGUCCAUGAAUCUUCCUGUCCAAAUGUGCUGUGGCUCUCUCUCUCAAGCCCUACACAGCAGCAAAGCUCGUGAUUUGAAUUUCCAGGUGUGAAACGGCACCUCCUUCCCGAAUUUCCAAAAUGUUCCCAGUGGCACCGAUUCAACACUUCGCAUGUGGGCAGCUUUACCCUCUCAGGGAAACCCUCCACGGACUUAAGAUCUGUAACUGAGUUUCUCGAGCUGCUAAUCUCUGGCUUCCCCAAAUGUUGCUGGCCUCCCAUCAUCCCUGACCAUUCCUGCACUGCAGGGAGGGAGUUGGAAGAGAUCACCCGCUGGGCUCCCUUUCGACUCUGCACUUCUGCGCCGGCUGCUAGGAGUCCGUCCACAGGUUCCCUGUCCUGUGCAAGACUGUGCCUAGCAUCUCUCUGCAUGAGUCUGUGUGCACCUUGCCAGACCAGUUACUCCCUUUGCCAAAAGCACACACACCUGGUUGUGCCUGCUAGCAGUAGGUGAUGGUGGCAAGCUGCUCCCAGGGGUGACUGAGCAAAUAGCUCACCCUGUUGGAAAUGCAGAACCUGUGUUGAAUCCAUCUGUCCCUGGGCCAGGGGGACAGGAGAGAAGCUGUGGGUUGCACAUGGGUGGGAAACCAGAUGUUCCUGCCUUCCCAACUCAGAACCGCAGAACUUUAAGGCACCCAAAGGCUCAUCUAGGCCAACUCCCUGCAAUGCAGGACUCCCAUCAGCCCCGACCAGCAUGGCCGUAAUGGGAGUUGCAGCCCAAUAUCCAGAGCGCCAUAGCUGGCUCCCGUCCCAGAGACAAAGAGAGGGGUUUCUGCCCUCCUCCCUCCCUCUCCCAGAGCCCAUUAAGGGUGGUGCCAGUUACAUAUGCAAUGCAGCAAGUGCCAACCCCCACCCCGGUCUUUUAACUCCGCUCUUCCAGCUGCUUCCCAGCACCAGCAGGUCUCUUGGAGAAAAGCAACACUGCCAUUGUCUGGAUCCAGAGCUCGCCCUCUCCUCCCUUAGCCAUUGGAGUGCAAUGAGACCUUUUUAACAAGGUGUUUGCUCUGCCUCCUGAGAGAACGUGCUCUGCUCACAAGCUGCGUCCCUGGAACGAGCAGGAUGAGGCCUGCUCCGCUCCUGAGAGAACCUCAGCUGCACCUACUGCAGAACUACUCCAGGCUCUGACCUGCCAAGAGUCCUACACGGCAGUUGCAUCAACAAAUGUGUGGUCCUUCUGUAGUCUGAGGAGGCUGUCUCCCUCUCUCUCGCUGCAGGACCACAGACCUUCCUUCCCCCUGCAUCAGCUGGGGCAGGGGCCAAAUACCCUCUUUCUGCAGAGCACGUGCAAUUUACAUUGGUAGACUUUGCUCUCUGCCAUUCGCUUACUUCUUCCCCACAUUUCCUGGCCCGAAAUCUUCUGCAAGCAGCCUGGCGUGGCGGCAUUUGGCCAUCGGUGGCCUCUGCUGCUUUGCUCCUUUUCCAGACCUUCCCUGCUUUCCUUGCAUGUCGAAACCUGAGCCAUCCGUGAUGUGUCUGUGCUCUGGAAGCUGUUCUGCGCUCCAGACAGCAAACCUGCCAGUUGUUGGGGUGUGUAUGUAUACGUGUAUUUUGUUUUUUAAUUCAGAGAGCCCUGAAGUGCCACCACCAGUAUUCCGCCUCCUCACAGGGAAAGGACAUUUAUUGAUCCAUCUUUGCGGAGGCCUCCCCUGGAGUCUCGUAGCAUCGCUGUGUGAAGCCAAGUGUCCUUCUCUCUCUCUCUCUCUCUCUCUGCCCUCAAAAGCUGCCUCGCUCUCCUGCCUUCGUGGAUGUGGAACUGUCCGUCCGUCUGUUGCCUUCUUCUGACAUUCUGGCCUGCUUAGUUUACCCUUUACGCCACAACCCCCUCUAUAAAAUUUCAGGUGGAAAAGCAGCUUCCUUUUAUGUAGAAUUAAAAAAAAAAGUGUUUAUAUCUG